AUGCCGCCUCGCACCCACUUUAGCAACCUUCAGAAUAGACCAAGCCCGCCUGCGGCAUGGCGCGCGGAAACCGCUGCCUGGCUUGCGCGCAAGCCGAGUGGCCGACGACGAAAGGCGGAAGCGGCCACGAUUGGGGCUGUCGCGGCAGCGACCUUCAAUCCUAUCACGACUGCCACUGCAAUCGAUGCGUCAGAGACCGCUACUGGGUCCGAAGCUGCUGGCGACAGGGAGCACUACAGCCGUUCGGAGAGCUUCUCGGAGGCCUCGGCAGCGGGGACGGGCUCUGCAAGCGACGGGGCAGCCGAGGACGGUGGUGCGAACACAGACCCGACGACUGACGCCGAGGAGAACGCGCCGCCGCUGACGCCGACGAUGGGCGCGUCCCCGCGUCUCGGGGAGGACACGGAGCAGCUAGCCAACGUGAGCCCCAGCACUCCCAACUCAGCCCCCUUGCGGACACAGCACAACCAGUCAGCGUCGGCGUCUACCAACCCGCGCUUCUCGGCUGUCUGCCGUACCCCCGAGCCUGGAGAGCAGCGCGGCGGCGGCUACGAGGUCUCCGUCACCUGUCUCCCUGCGCGCGAGGAUGAAGAGGUGCGCUGGGAAGUGGUGGUGCGCAAGACUGGCUCGAGCACGAGCGGAGCCCCGCCCGUCGGCCCGUUACCUCUAGCCUCUGGCUCGUCAGUCGCCCAUGCGCCGCCCCUUGCAUCGAGCGUCAACCUCUCCCUCGCGCUCGGCCAGCCGACGGGCAAGUUGGUCUUCAUCGCCCUCCCGAGCGACAGCCACACGCCGACGCGGACACGGAGCCGGAGCAGUGUGUCGAGCCCCCGUUCGGCAAUGUUCCCGCCCCGGCCGCCCAUCGGGUCCGGCCUCGCGUCGUCCGGACUGGGCGGGUACAGUAGCACCGUGCCAGCCGGGACGGCGUCCGCGACCACCUCCCCUGAGAGCAGUCACACGCCGCUGCCCCCGCUCCGUGGCCACGGACGCACCGCGUCGAGCUCGUCGUCUCCGCCGACAGCCGGCACCGUGCCCCUCAUGGAUGCUAGCUCGUCGUCUGAGCGUUCCGCGGAGCGCAAGCACAUCCCGUACUUGUCCGCCAUCCCCGUCUUGCCGCCCGGCACGUUGAGCAUGCUUGCUUCUGCCGGCGCGGGGGGCUCCCCGCCGCCUAAUGCUGCCAAUGCGGCUGCAACUGCUGCUGUUUCCGAGGGCCCCACAGUUCAGCUCGAAUCGCCCGAGCCGCCUGUCUCGCCCCGCACCGGGGCAUACAAGCGCCAAGGGCACAUCUGGGGCGGGCUGGGCCAAGCAGGCAACACGGCGGGCAGGCAGUCGCCCCCCGCCGACCUGUUCACGCCGCGCAGUGCGAGCCGCAUGAUCGCCGCGGCCGAGUACGACGGCGCGCUGUACCACCACUCGCGGAGCGUCAGCCUCGAAGCCGCCUUCCACGGCAUCUCGGUCGAGGAGGAUAAUAGAGAGAUGUUGUAG